AUACUUCUUAAUCUAAUCACUAUAUCAAAUUUACCCUUUUUGUUUGUCGAGCAUCAAAAAUUCUGUGACCUCUUUUCCUUCGUACGGCUAGCACCCGAACUACCUAGCUUUCCGUUAAGAAAGGUGAUUCGCGAGCGCCUCCGGGGUUUCAUAAGGAAUAGGAAUAUCGCGAGGUCCUCCUUAGGUUUAAGCCACUUUCUAGAACUCAUUCUAGCGUUCGAGGCCUUACGGUUUUCAUUAAUAGAAGUCCUUAACGCAAAGAAGCUCUUUAAUCAUCUCGAAAGAUCGAUAUAUCAGCUUCGUCGAAAGAGAGAAAAGACUAUACAAAAGAAUAUCGUUAGAGCCUCUAGUCUCUUUUCGAGAAAUACCGCCUACCUAAAUCAGCGCUCGAGAGGAUUCUUAAGGACAAUUCCUUAUAGCGAUCAACUAGUCUAUAUUAGGAUAAGCUUACCAAGUACCUCUAGAGUAAGAAACCACGAGAGGGAGUUCCCUAUUCUUAUAAGUAUUACUCGUGAUAUAAUGUCUAUUCUAGCGACUAGUGCCGGUGUUAAGCGUCUUUUUAACUCUGCCCGGGAUAUUUGCUACUAUCGCUGGGGGUCGUUGAGCCUAGAGACUAUCCGCGAUAUUAUAUUAUAUAUAUAUACAAUAAGGAGGAGUAGCGAUAGGUUCUCUAAGAAGCAAGAGAUCGUAGCUUCGUCCGAAGAACUUUAUAUUAGAAUAUAUUGUGCCGAGGCUAUUAGUAAUACUAAGGAAGAUAUAGAGAUGCACCUUCAUACCCCGGCUAUAGUACCACUCUUAGCCGUUGCCGCUAGAAAGCGGCCGGCUAUCAAUUCUAACGACGAGGACGACUCUGAUACCGAUGACAUUACGGAUCUAGAAGAGACCUUAGCAUUACUAUUACCUAAUACGCAGCAGCGUGUAUUAGGUAGAAUGCGGAAGAGGUCGAGACUCUUGGAUGGAUAUAUAGUUUAA